AUGGAGUGCAUGAAGAAACACCUGAGCAUUGCCAAGGAAGUCGGUGACAGAAGAGGCCAAGGACAUGCCUAUUUAGGCAUCGGCGAAGUUCAUUAUUCCCUUGGCGACGUGGCAGGAGCAAUGGAGUACUACAAGCAAUGCCUGAGCAAUGCCGAAGAAAUCGGUGAGAGGGUUAGACAAGGACUAGCCUAUUGCCGCCUCGGAAGUUGUUAUAGAAAACUCCACGAGUUGAAGGAAGCAAUAGAGUGUUACAAGCAACACUUGAGCAUUGCCGAGGAAAUCGGUAACAGGAUGGCAGAAGCAUGUGCCCAUAGGGGUCUGGGUCGAUCAUUUUUGCUUUCAGAUUCUUUGAAUGAGGCUUUAGGACAUUUUAAAUGCUGUGUUAAAAUCCUUGACACUAUUAGAGCCAAUUCUAUCUCGGAAGAUCAAUUGAAAAUAAGUUUCUGUACGCUAAAUCAAUCUGCCUAUUUUCUUUUAUGGCAAGUUUUAGUAAUGCUUCAAAGGAAUGAUGAGGCUUUAUACGCUGCUGAGAGGGGACGGGCACAGGCUUUGCUCGAUGCCUUAAAAGUAACUUAUGGCCUUACAUCACUUUCUCCCAGGUCAAUUGAAAGUGAAGAAGAAGUCAAAUAUCUUUCAACGAACACAGCUGUUUUAACAGUUUUUCUUGCCCUGGAAUUGAAAACAAUCAAUAUGUGGGUAUUGCGAAAAGAGGGCAACCCUGUUUUUAGGAAAGCGGAGUUUGAAAUUGGAGGUGCACACGAAGAUUCUUUUGCUCUCCUUUUAGACACUGCUUUGGAAAAAAUGAGGGCUGGCGUCGGUAUUAGGUGCGAAAAUCGGUCAAUGGAUCAGCUGAGUGACGACCCAACUUCAACUACUCGAGACGAUGAUCAAACAUCGAAGCCAUUAAGGGGAACCACCGACUGUUUACAGCCAUUAUAUGAUGCAGUUAUUGGUCCCAUUGAAGACUUGCUUGAUGGUGAUGAAUUAAUUGUAGUCCCAGACGGCGCUUUGUCUAAAGCUCCUUGGGCAGCCCUGAGUGAAACUUUAAGGAUCCGUACUGUUCCCUCACUGACAAGUUUGAAAGUCAUCACAGAUUCUCCAAUUGAAUACCACAGUAAAAGUGGAUCCCUGCUUGUUGGAGAUCCAUGCUUGAAGAAAAUUACAAAUAAAUGGGGGAACCCCAUUUAUGAUCCUCUGAAAUACGCAAGAAUGGAAGUGGAGAUGAUUGGAAAAAUUCUAAAGAGUCAACCCUUAACAGGUGAAGAUGCAACCAAAGAAGCGGUACUUCAGAGAAUCAAGUCAGUGUCUUUGGUUCACAUUGCAGCCCACGGAAAGCCGGAAACCGGAGAAUUUUUUUUGGCCCCAGACCCCCGAUGGGAAUCCGACAAACCUAAGGAGGAGGACUGCAUUAUGAAAAUUUCUGACAUACAAGCUGUUAAACUGAGAGCGAGACUGGUUGUGCUAAGUUGCUGCCACAGUGGUCAAGGAGAGGUCUCGUCUGAGGGUGUGGUCGGUAUGGCACGUGCUUUCUUGUUUGCUGGUGCUCGUUCCGUGCUGGCGACACUCUGGGCAAUUGAUGACGAAGCCACAAUGAUAUUUAUGGAAUCUUUCUACCAACAACUUAAAAGUGGAGAAAGUGCAAGUGUUGCUCUUCAGAGGGCCAUGAAAUGUCUUCGAGACCACCAAGAUUAUUCUGCUCCAAAGUACUGGGCUCCUUUUGUUCUGAUGGGCGAUGACGUUAAGAUUGACUUGGAAAAAGAGUCAUGCAUUGAGCAAGUCCGACGUAAGUGGAGAUUUUUUUUCGUGCUGUUCUAAUAACAAAAGGCUUAAGAAGAAAAGCCAGAACCAUUCUUGUCAAAUUCAGAUACAAGGAAAAUGACAGACUUGAUAAUAAAUGUUUUUCAUUUUGCUAUUUUUCAUAUCAUCAUCCAUGGCAUCCUAAAAUUUAACGCUUUGACCUUUAUUUUGUUUUGAAAUGAAAGAUUAAUAAAUGUAUCAAUUGUUACUUUCUUUACAGGGAUGCGCUGAAAGUUUGAUGUCAACACAACUGCUGAAGUAGCGUGUAUAUAUCUGGAUUUCUCCAAAGAAGGAAGUGCGAUAUUUAAUAGCUGUGCUCAAUGGGGCGUUUGGUAAAAAAGCAUGUUUUCAUUUUAGUCAUUUUUUGUCAGAAGAUCUUAAAUAGAGAGAUUUAUAGACACGCUAACGGCAAAUGGCAAACGUCUACAGAUUCAAGUUGAGAAUUUCUCAAAAUAGAAAAUAUUCAGAUAAAAUAAAAACAGCAUAAAGCAAUUCUUAUGGAUAAAACUAACUUAAAACUAACAAUUUUUUGUAGAGUUAAUUAACAGCAAACGAGAAAGUUCAAGAAGUAAAGGCAACACUUAGUCACGUGGUACAAAUCUACGUUUUGCCGUAAACGAAACUCUAAAUCGCUCUAAUUAAUAACAUCAAAAAAACUUUGGAAAUCAAAGGACAUACUGUAUACUGUAGAGCUCUAUAUUAGCCACGGCUACACUUAUCAAUUUUAACUUAGGAAAAAGACAAUCAAUUUUCGUGGGGAAGGAGCUUAACGUUGUUUACAGGUAUUUCGUUACUCCCGCGAAACUGACUGAAAAGUAGUACAGAUGAUUUCCUCUUUUCUCGACGUGUAACCUGCCUUAACCGGCAAAUUGUAAUUUGGCAAAGGAAAAUUGCAUUGUAAUAAUUGUAAUAUUGAUGACAAUAAUAAGCACCAUCCUCAUAAUCUUACUAAUUCCUUUUCAGUUUUUUCCCCUCGGCUUUAAAGCAAAUGACUGAAACAAAUAAUUCAAAUUAAUUUAACAGUGUUACUCAGACGUACACGCAACUUCAUACCCCAACCGUGGUAUAAGGGGGAGGGGUGGAUGGAACCGCUCCCCAGAGUUUUUGAUCAUGAUAAUUUGCAGUAUUUCGAAACGAUUUGACCUUCAGUGGAAAGCCUUUAAUCUACUAA